GCACAAGCUAGGAGGAGGUAGUGGGGAAAGCAUCUUGGUGUCACAGCUUCAGCAUGGGCUGACACUGGAAUUUGAACACAGCGAUUCGCCUCGUCGGCUUCGUCUUGUACUUAGUGAAUUACUAGCAAUUAUGAAUAAGGUGUCAGAAUCAAACGGUGAGUUUUUUCUCAAGUCAUCUGAGCUCUUCGAGAGUCCUGUUUAUCUGGAAGAGGCAGCAGAUGUUCUCUGCAUUUUACAAGCAGAGCUACCAUCGCUGUUGCCGAUAGUUGAUGUGGCUGAAGCUCUGCUGCACGUUAAAAAUGGAGCCUGGUUCCUCUGCCUUCUGGUGGCCAACGUUCCUGAUAGCUUUAAUGAGGUCUGUAGAGGUUUGAUUAAGAACGGUGAACGGCAGGACGAGGAAAGUGUUGGAGGCCGUCGUAGAACAGAAGCACUUCGCCACCUGUGUAAAAUGAAUCCUUCCCAAGCUCUAAGGGUCCGAGGCAUGGUGGUGGAAGAGUGUCACCUACCAGGUCUUGGUGUGGCUUUGACCUUGGAUCACACCAAAAAUGAAUCUUCAGAUGAUGGAGUGAGUGACCUGGUGUGUUUUGUGAGUGGUUUGCUACUUGGAACAAAUGCAAAGGUUCGAACUUGGUUUGGAACUUUUAUCCGAAAUGGGCAACAGAGAAAAAGAGAUAAUAUCAGUUCUGUGCUUUGGCAAAUGAGGAGGCAGCUGCUCCUGGAGCUCAUGGGAAUCCUUCCCACGGUUCGCAGCACACACAUUGUUGAAGAAGCAGAUGUUGAUCUGGAGCCAAAUGUGUCUGUGUAUUCAGGACUGAAGGAGGAGCAUGUUGUGAAAGCCAGCGCGUUGUUACGUCUCUAUUGCGCUUUGAUGGGAAUUGCUGGCCUGAAGCCAACUGAUGAAGAAGCUGAGCAGCUACUGCAGCUAAUGACCAGCCGGCCUCCCGCAACUCCAGCUGGCGUUCGCUUUGUAUCUCUUUCUUUUUGUAUGCUUCUGGCCUUCUCCACUCUUGUCAGCACCCCGGAACAGGAGCAACUCAUGGUAAUGUGGCUUAGUUGGAUGAUAAAGGAAGAAGCUUACUUUGAAAGCAUUUCUGGUGUGUCUGCUUCUUUUGGAGAGAUGCUUCUCCUGGUAGCCAUGUAUUUCCAUAGUAAUCAGCUCAGUGCUAUCAUUGAUUUGGUCUGCUCCACCUUGGGAAUGAAGAUUGUUAUUAAGCCCAGCUCACUCAGCAGGAUGAAGACAAUCUUCACACAGGAGAUUUUCACUGAACAGGUUGUUACGGCCCACGCAGUUCGCGUGCCUGUUACAGGCAAUCUCAGUGCCAACAUUACUGGGUUUUUACCUAUUCACUGUAUUUACCAGCUUUUAAAAAGUCGAUCAUUCACCAAGCACAAAGUAUCCAUUAAGGACUGGAUCUAUCGACAGCUCUGUGAAACCACCACUCCACUCCAUCCUCAGUUGCUUCCUCUUAUUGAUGUCUACAUUAAUUCUAUUCUUACUCCUGCAUCUAAAUCCAACCCAGAGGCCACAAAUCAGCCUGUCACGGAACAGGAGAUACUGAAUGUUUUUCAAGGACUCUCUGGGGGAGAAAAUACUCGUCUUACUCAACGAUACAGCAUCACAACACAAUUGCUUGUCCUCUACUAUGUCCUGUCGUACGAAGAAGCACUUCUGGCAAACACAAAGAUACUAGCUGCCAUGCAGAAAAAACCCAAGUCUUACUCUUCAGCGUUAAUGGAUCAGAUUCCAAUCAAGUUCCUGAUCCGGCAGGCACAAGGACUGCAGCAGGAACUGGGAGGCUUGCAUUCUGCACUGUUACGCCUUCUUGCAACUAACUAUCCACACCUCUGCAUUGUGGAAGACUGGAUCUGUGAGGAACAGAUCACAGGCACUGAUGCCUUACUGAGGAGGAUGCUUCUUACAAACAUGGCGAAGAAUCACUCUCCCAAACAGCUCCAAGAAGCAUUUUCCAUGCUGCCUGGAAAUCAUACGCAGCUGAUGCAGAUCUUGGAACAUUUAACACUUCUCUCAGCUGGUGAAUUGAUCCCAUAUGCAGAAGUAUUGACAUCAAAUAUGAAUCGCUUGCUGAAUGCUGGAGUCCCUCGGAGGAUUCUUCAGACCGUCAAUAAACUUUGGAUGGUUCUUAACACUGUGAUGCCAAGAAGGCUAUGGGUGAUGACUGUUAAUGCUCUGCAGCCUUCAGUAAAAAUAGUCCGACAGCAGAAGUACACUCAGAAUGAUCUGAUGAUUGAUCCUUUGAUUGUACUAAGAUGCGAUCAGAGAGUUCAUAGGAGUCCUCCUCUGAUGGAUAUAACUUUGCACAUGUUGAACGGGUAUCUUCUUGCUUCAAAAGCUUACCUCAAUUCUCACCUGAAGGAAACUGCAGAGCAGGACAUUAGGCCAUCCCAAAACAAUGCAAUGGGUCCAGAGGCCCCAGAAGUUACAAGGGAAGAAUUAAAAAAUGCAUUGCUUGCUGCUCAGGACAGUGCUGCUGUGCAGAUUCUUCUGGAGAUCUGCUUACCUACAGAAGAAGAGAAAGCCCAGAGCAGUAAUACCCACAGUUUGCUAAAGAGUGUUCAUAGUACCACAGGCCCUAAGAGUCCUGAACUAGAAGAAGAAGAUAGCUUGCUGUGUAAUCUUCGAGAGGUCCAGUGUCUGAUCUGCUGUCUGCUGCAUCAGAUGUAUAUAGCUGAUCCCAACAUAGUCAAACUAGUUCAUUUCCAGGGUUAUCCAUGUGAACUUCUGGCAUUGACAGUGGCAGGGAUUCCGUCGAUGCACAUCUGUCUGGAUUUCAUACCAGAGCUCAUUGCCCAGCCUGAACUUGAAAAACAGAUAUUUGCCAUCCAGUUACUUUCAUUUUUGUGUAUCCAGUAUGCACUACCUAAAUCUCUCAGCGUGGCUCGUUUAGCUAUCAAUGUGAUGGGAACCCUACUCACAGUUUUAACCCAGUCGAAGCGCUAUGCUUUUUUUAUGCCGACCCUGCCUUGUUUGGUGUCAUUCUGUCAAGCCUUUCCUCCUUUGUAUGAGGAUAUUAUGUCUCUGCUGAUACAGAUAGGACAAGUUUGUGCUUCUGAUGUUGCUACACAGACAAGAGACUUCGACCCAAUUAUUACACGUCUCCAGCAACUAAAGGAGAAACCAUAUGAAGUGUCAGGACUUUGUAAAGAUUCACCUAACAAAAGUUGUUCAAGGGACAUUGCAAGCAUGGACCCUGAUGUUCGGUUAUGUCAGUGUGUUGAAAAUACUAUCAUUGAAAUAAUUAACAUGAGCGUAAGUGGAAUUUAGGAAGAAUGCAAAUGAAAUUGUACUGUAGCUAGUCCCACAGUCUAUGGUGCCUAAAUUUGGAGAAAGCUGCAGAAGUGGAUUGAGGAACUGGAGCACAGGAAGUCCCAUGUUUUUCAUUC